UCUCUCCAGAGCUGUUGGACCUGUUGUCCCCCCCUCCACUUCCGGGCUGCUGGGGAGGGGGACGGGCGGCCUCUCCUCCUCUUCGCAGCCACCUGUCUCUGUGGCAGAGGCUGCAGUGCCGGGAGCGCGGAGCGGAGCGAGCUGGCCACGCCCCGGAGCCAGGACCACGCCCACCCCGCAGGAGUCCGAAGCGGCCAUGGGGACUCCCAGUAGCCCGGAGGAGAGGUCCGGCUCCCCGCCGGUCCCCGAGUGCGACGCAGAGGUUCAGCCCCAAGGAGCCUCCCAGCCCCAUGAUCACCCCGAUGAGCCCCGCGAACAGGAGGCGCCCGGGGUCCCGGCGGAGCUUCCUAGCGGCCAAGGAGUUGAGCAGCAGACUGAGGAAGAGGAAGAAGUGGGAGAAGGCAGCAGCACCGAGAGCAGCCGGGAGGAGCCCGAGGGCGCACCCCGGGCACAGACUCCGGCCUCGCCCUCCACCUGCACCCCUUAUGGGGAAGGGGUGAGAGCAGCCCGGAGGAGGCUCCAAGCCCAGAAGCUGGAGGCAGUGACUCGCGUUGCCCUGUUGGAGCAGAGACUGAAGGAGCUUCAGCGUCAAAAGAAGGAGCUGAGGAUCCAGAUGGAGGUGGAGGUGGCCCUGAUACGGGGUGAACUGGCUGGAGAGAGAGUGGCCCUGCGGCGGGAGGAGGAGCAGCUCCGAGAGCUGCUAGGGCAGCUGGUGGUCCAGGAGCCUGGCAGCCAGGAGCGGGAACAGGUUUGUUCACCUACUGUUUCUUUUCCACCAGGGUGGCGGGGGGUGGCCCUGCAGCGCCGGAUCCAGGUCUUGGAGGAGCAGCUCAAGUCUCUGGGGGAGCAGAUGGUGGCUGAGAGCCGGGGGCUCAGCCAGGAGAAGGAGGAGACCCGUCGGGCACUGGCCCAGGAACAGAACCGAUUCCUCGAGCUUAACCGCCUUCAGGAAACACCUGGUGGGGACUUCUCUGAGCCCAACCAAGCUCUCACAAAGCUGCUGUUCACCCAGAAGACAGACCGGCAGCUGCUAGUGCUUCAGGACCCCGCCAGCCACUCUGCUGCCACCUCUACCUCUUCCUGCCUCUUCUCUGUCCACAGCUCCCUGCAGGGUUCCUUUGGUCUCCAGAGGACUGGAAGCCUGCCCCGGAGAAGAGGAGAGAGAGCGAGCCAGAGAGGAUCCCCACGGCCUCUGUCCCUCCAUUGUACUGGACCCCUUGAGGCCUCGACUCUCACACCAGCAGUGGAGGCCUCUGGGAGACACCCGCUCUAUCAGCUGCUAAACUGUGGCCCUGGGAACAGCUGCAGGGCCCUCCACCCAGACAUCGCUCACAUGGAGAAGCUUCUGCAUCAGGCGAUCGCAGAGAGGGAGCGGCUGGUCAAGGCCAGGCUCCGGCAGCACCUGGAACGCUGGGGCCACAACCCAGAAAGCUGUCCUCAUGUGCGCGUGUCCUGUGGCUGCUGCCGAGGACCCCUGGUGAAGAUGGGUGGCCGCAUCAAGACCUGGAGGAAGCGCUGGUUCUGCUUCGACCGCCAGGCACGUCGCCUGGCCUACUAUGCAGACAAGGAAGAGACCAAGCUCAAAGGUGUCAUCUACUUCCAGGCCAUUGAGGAAGUCUACUAUGACCACUUACGCUGUGCCUUCAAGAGCCCCAGCCCUCGCCUGACUUUCUGUGUCAAAACCUACGAACGCCUUUUCUACAUGGUGGCCCCGAGUCCCGAAGCCAUGCGCAUCUGGAUGGACGUCAUCGUCACAGCCGCGGAUGAGAACCACGCCCCCUGAGCGGCCCCGCCCACCCGGGGACGUCCUGGCGAAGCUCCGCCCCACACGCAGUCGUGCUCCAAGGCCCCGCCCAUUCCGGAAGCGGGGGCCCGCCCCUUCUGAACUCUCCCGGGAACCCUGCGGUGGCUGCGGCUCAGCUGGCCUGAGUCGCGGCUCUCGGUGCAGCUGGGGUGGCCCCGCGACGACGGGAUCGCCAGUCCCGAGGCCCUGCCAGGGGCAGGAGGAAGAUUGCAGGGUGGGAGGAAACUAUUUAUUGGUGCUCCUGUGAAACCGAAUUAAACACGGCGGAAAAACAGGGUCGCGGCUGUGGUGUCCAGCCCGGCGACCGGGGCCAGCCCCUAGGCAGGACCUCGGAGUUACGGGCACCUCUGGGGCCAAGCGUCCCCGCUGUUUCUCGCUUUAGGAAUGGAGACCUUCGCCCUGCGGGCACGGCCGGGAGCUGGGGGCUGGGAGGCCCGUCCUCAGCCUUUUGCAAUGUUGUUGUUUUAGUUUGUGGGUUUCUCUGCUUCCGGUUUGACCCACAGCUGUCGGCAGUUUCUGGAACUCCCGGGCCCCCUCUCCCCUCUGCCUGCUCUUCCUUAACCAGCUCGUCAUUUUCCAGGUCCAGUUCAUGUUCCUUCCUUCAGGAAGUCCUCACUGGCCCCCUUGGCUGGUCAGGCGCCUCCUCUUGAGUUCCCAUCCUAUCCCUGAGCACUGGCUUGUCACCGUGAUGACCCGUGCUCUUUAUGGACCGGGAACUCCAUGAGGACAGAGCCAGGGCUGUUCUGGUGACCUCUGUGUCCCCAGUAGGGCAAAUAUCAUUCCAUGAAAACGAGAAGAAUGUGUCCCUGCCCCCUCUGGGUCUUUUUGUCCAUUCUAUUUCCCUGAUUGUCGUGACUGAAUCAGAGGUUUCCUCAGGGAUUCCCACGACAGUCCUGACCACUCUGCCUCCCAGCACAACCUGCUCACUCUGCCUGGUGCUUAUCCCAUCGUGGCCUUGACUGCCCUAGGCCUUCCUUGCUGAUGAACCAGUCUCUCCCUCUGGUCUAGGAGCUCCAGGAGGCAGGGACUGGGGCUGUAUUGAUCACUACUGAGUCCUUGUCACACAUCAAAGGGCUCAGGUGCUGCACACUAGGUGUUGAAGGAAUGUCUUAUGGUUGAAUAAAUGAGUUAAGGAUGGAUGCUAAGGAACAGGAGAGUUGUGAACAAGGCAGCCGGCUCCUGGGCUGACUUCACCUUUAGAUCUUGCCUGGCACAUCCCCUCCUAGGAGAAGCUCUCCUUGGUCCUGAGGCGGGGUCAAGUGCCUGGGCUGCCGCAGACCUCUCCCCCCACCAGCACUCUAGGCUGUCCCUCUUUCUUCCCCUCAGACAGCCCUCUUGAGGAUCCCGGAUCUGGAUCUGGUGUUCCUGAGUCCUGGGAAUACAAAUCCCCAGGUCCUCCAGGACCCCAGGUGACCCCACCUCUAGCUGUGAGACUUCUGAAUUCUUGGAUCAGUUCAUCACCCAGCCCAGAAUGGAGCCAGCUUCACAGCAUGUGACCAAUCUAGUCAACAGAAGAGCCCUGCUCUUAAAUUUUGUGUUCUGUGAUCAUCAUCUGAAAAUUCUCAAUAAUUUUAUCUUUGAAUGUGUGUUUGGUAAUGAAGUUUGGUGGAACAAUGGA